UGUACUAAACAUGCCACGCGGCGGCUCAGAGGACCAAAAAGUCUACGUUGGCAACCUGCCAGGAGACGUCCGAGAGAAGGAAGUCGAGGACAUUUUCCACAAGUAUGGCCGCAUCAAGUACGUCGAUAUCAAGUCAGGACGUGGACCGGCGUUCGCUUUCGUCGAGUUCGAAGAUCACAGAGAUGCCGAGGAUGCGGUUCGUGCUCGCGAUGGCUACGAAUUCGAUGGCCGUCGCAUUCGCGUCGAGUUCACUCGUGGAGUCGGACCACGUGGCCCAGGCGGUCGCCCACUCCAAGACGGAGGUGAUCACCGCGGUGGAGACUUCCGAGGAGGACGUGGUGGUGGUCGUGGAGGUGGACCUCAGAGAAGAACCGGAUACCGAGUGAUCGUUGAAGGUCUUCCACCAACCGGGUCGUGGCAGGAUCUUAAGGAUCAUAUGCGUGAUGCUGGAGACGUCUGCUAUGCGGAUGUGGCUCGAGAUGGAACUGGAGUCGUCGAGUUUACUCGUUACGAGGAUGUCAAGUACGCUGUUCGCAAGCUUGAUGACACCAAGUUCAGAUCACAUGAGGGUGAAACUGCCUACAUUCGCGUUCGUGAGGACAACUCUUCUGGAGGCGGAAGCGGUGGUGGUGGCCGUGAUCGUAGCCGUUCGCGCUCUCCAAGAGCCGAACGUCGUGCUUCGCCAAAGUACUCACCUCGUCGUUCUCGUUCCCGCUCUCGCAGCCGUUCCCGCUCUCGUUCUCGCUCGGCCAGUCGCAGUCCAUCUCGCUCACCAUCUCCACAAUAAAGAGACAGCGUCUGAUUCUUGAAACGGUAUCGUUUUGCAAUUUGAGUCGUCUGACAGAGAGUUCUGAUACAACUAUAUCUUGCUAAUUUCUUUUUUUUUGUGCUGUUUCUAAUACAAUUCCAUGCCUCAUGUUCUCCUGUUUACACACACCUUUUUCUUUUUAUCGAUCUUUUUGGAUAUAUAUAUCCACAAUUUCUUCUAUUUUUUAUCACCUAUCCUUAAUUCAAACAACCACAUCCAAGUAUUCAUCAGCCCCACCUAUUAUUAUUCAAUAAUUUCUUUUGUUGGAGGAACCACGAAUAAAAUGUUUUGUUUC